UGCGAGGGGUCCGAACCGGAGCUGCUGACGGGUCGGAUUGAGCGCAUUGCUUGUUCGUGUAGGGUAUCUUUCCUCACCACGCUCUCAUUCUACCCGUCCCGGCGAUUACUCGCGCGCGGCGGCUCUCCUCUCUCGCGGGACUCCUUUGGCAUUCUUUCGCGCUCUCUCCUUUUGAUGACCUUCACAAAGAGGAAUAUGAGUCGUAGUUUUUAUCGUUCUUUUGUUUUUUUGAUAUCUCCUCCCUCUGUUUCUGGUCUUUCUGAAGCCCAGUAUACAAAUCUCUCGCCUUCUUCAUCCCCCCACAGACAGCUGCUAGUAAAAUACUUGACUACAGAUUCUUCUUCUCUUGAGUUGAAGGAAGAGAGUUAUGCCAAGAAAAUCAGGAGAGCGAUUUUAAAAGUUUGUGAUGCGACGGUCGAGGAUGUUGUUCAGUCACUCCGGAGUGAUCAGUCUUGCUGUAGUAUCCAACUCACACCAAACCUUGUUGAUAGUUUACUCCAUAGGUUUGGAGAUGAUUGGAAGUCUGCGUUGGGUUUCUUCAAGUGGGCUGGUUCCCAGUCAGGGUACAAACAUACUCUGUAUGCGUGCGAUAGGAUGGUGGACUUGCUGGGGAAGAUGAAACAGACGGACCGGAUGUGGGAUUUAGUACACGAGUUGCGUAGUGAGGGUCUUGUUACGCUAGAAACAGUUGCCAAGAUCAUGAGAAGACUUGCAGGUGCUGGUAGAUGGAAGGAUACUGUGAAGUUGUUUGAUGAUUUAGAGACUAUGGGCUUUGAUAAGGAUACUAGAUCCAUGAAUAUUUUGCUCGACACUCUUUGCAAAGAGAAGAGAGUUGAGGUUGCUCGUGAAGCUUUUUCAGUGCUAAAGUCUCACAUCCCCCCUGAUGCUUUCACAUUUAACAUUUUUGUCCAUGGAUGGUGCGGUGCACGUAGGAUCGAUGAGGCAAUGUGGACAAUAGAGGAGAUGAAAAAGUGGGGACUUCGACCUUCAGUAAUUACUUACUCUACUAUUCUGCAGGCUUAUUGUAACCAACAUAAAUUUCAGGAGGUUUAUGACCUUCUUGAUAGAAUGGUUGUUGAAGGUUGCCUUCCAAAUGUUGUCACUUACACCACCAUUAUGAAUUCUCUUGCUAACUCAGGGAAGCUUGAAGAAGCAUUGGGUGUAGUGAAGAGAAUGAAGUCAUCUGGUUGUGAGCUCGAUAUACUUUUUUACAACUCUUUGAUCAACAUUCUAGGAAAAGCAGGUCGAUUGCGUGAGGCUGCACACAUCUUUGAUAUAGAUAUGCAAAGGAAUGGGAUCAGGCGUAAUCUGUCAACUUACAAUACAAUGAUCUCAAUUUUCUGCCACAACUGCCAAGAGCAAAAUGCGUUGAAUGUGUUGAAGGAGAUGGAAAAUUUGUCAUUAAAAUUGUUGCUAAAGAAAUAAAAAUAUGGCGAUGAGUUGCAUUAGAUUGUUGAGGCGCAUUAGCAUCACAAAGGAGGCAGCUCAGGUGGUGGGCAUCAGAGGGUUUGCAGUAGCUGGUGGCAAGUCAAAGAAGGGAUCAAAGGGCGGUGGUAGCGGCGAUGCUCCCAAAGCUUCUGAGCUAAGCAAAGAACUGAAGAGCACCACAGUAUUUGGAGCCAAUAUUCUGAAGGAUGGAGCUGAUCCCAAGAUCUUGCCGGAUUCUGACUAUCCUGACUGGCUGUGGCACUUGCUUGAUAAGCAUCUACCAUUGAGCGAACUGCGUAGAAAGAACACAGAAACUCUUACUUUUGAUGACCUAAAACGUUUUGUUAAACUUGACAACCGGGCAAGGAUUAAAGAAAAUAAUGCUCUGAGGGCCAAGAAUUGAUUUUAGAGACAUGCGAGGUUCUUAUUUUCUUCUUUCUUUUUAUCGAAGUUCUUAUUUCCAUUCUGAGCUUAGAGGCCCUUCAAAUUCUCUGAUAAUGAAUGUCUAAUAGCUUUCUACUGAAGGCCCCUUAGUUUAUCUCUACUUAGUCUGUAAAAUAAUUGAGUGAAUUUUGAGGAGGUUGGGGUGAGGUGGAGUGGUCAUAUGCUUUUGGUAAACUAUAAUUCUGUUGUGGACUGGAUGAUAACAAAAUAUAAUGAAGCUCAUUGCAUUUAUGAGAAAGAA